CCACCUCGAGUGCCGCUAGCUCCAAUCGGAGCUGUGUGAUCGGGUUGUGUACGCCCUUCGUAGCCUUACCCGGAAGCUGAUGUCUUGAGGGAGAAGGCGCGAAUAUGAACCCUUUAACUAAAGUGAAGCUGAUCAACGAACUGAAUGAGCGAGAGGUUCAGCUUGGGGUGGCAGAAAAGGUGUCUUGGCACUCGGAAUACAAGGACAGCGCCUGGAUCUUUCUUGGAGGGCUUCCUUACGAGCUGACAGAAGGAGACAUCAUCUGUGUGUUCUCACAAUAUGGGGAGAUUGUCAACAUUAAUCUUGUGAGAGACAAGAAGACUGGGAAAUCCAAAGGGUUCUGUUUCCUGUGCUAUGAAGAUCAGCGGAGCACGGUUCUGGCUGUUGACAAUUUCAACGGAAUUAAGAUCAAAGGAAGAACUAUCCGUGUGGACCAUGUGUCAAACUACCGGGCCCCUCAGGAAUCAGAAGAUGUGGACGAUGUGACCAGAGAGCUUCAGGAGAAGGGCUGUGGGGCUAAAACACCUCCGUCAAGUUCUCCUGAGCUCUCUGAAGACGAAGAUGUCAAGCCCAUAAAAAAGCACAAAAAAGACAAAAAGGAGAAAAAGAAAAAAAAGAAAGAAAAAGAGAAGACUGAACACAAGGUGCAAACAGAGCUGCCAUCCUGCUCUUUGUCCUCCAGCAGCAAGGCAGUAAAGGAAAAGGAUGAGCCAAAGAAGCACAGCAGCAAGACCGUAGAGAAAGCCCAGAAGUCUGAAUCCAGAGAGGGGAGGCAGAAGCACCCAGGCUCCCCUGAUGUCAGGAGUUCCUUCCAUGGUAGAGCAGAGGACCCCGAGUGGGAGCCAAAGAGAGAGAAACCCAAGCAUGAGCAUAAGUCCUCCAGUAGGAGGGAGGGAGAGGAAAGGAGCAGAGAGAGGGAUAGAGGGAGGAGCUCAGGUACUCAUUCCAGCAGGCAUGGUGGCCAUUCUGAAGGGCGGAGUCAUAGAAGCAGGAGCCCGGAUAAGUCCCAUAGGCAUAAAAAGCAUAGGCAUUCCCGGGAGCGGGAAUCCUUCCAUGCCAGUGACCGUAGACAUUACUGAAGCCUGUUCCAGCUGGCCAGUUCUUUGAAAAUAUUUUGUUGCAUAAA